CACUGACUACUUACUCCAGCUAGAGCCAAAUCUCUCCAUACUAACCGUCGCUUCCCACCAAUCGUCGAUUAGCCCGCCAAGCAGGAUGUGCGCCUUGGGCUGUUAUAUGGACAGACUCCGGUCGCAAACCGCAGGCACUCCCUCCCCUCUUUGCGAACGAGAGCCACGCUGUCCACGCCAUUACACCCUCUUCGAUCGACCUGCCGACCGACCGAUUCGAUGAGUAUACUAUGACCUCGAACGAUCCCGUCUAAAAUGCCCGCGUCUCGAAUGCAGCUGCGGCGGCAGAACACUUUCAUUGCUCUGGGGCUUGUGGCCCUCUGCGUCUGGUUCUUUGCCUCACAACGAUCGCAAAGCGGCGAAACAACUCACAGCCAUGAACAAUUCUGGAGAGACUUCCAUCCGCUCCUCGUGGACUCGGCGCCGAAUUGUCAGCCUCCAGUACGACUGGGAAAUGCUGAAUCCGCUGGAUUCGAUCCCAAGAGCACCGAGCCGCUACCUGACCUGUUGAGGAUGCCGGCCGACGAUAUUGCGCAGAUGAAACAAGCACACACAGCCUUCGUCAAUACGAUCGAGCGGGCCCCUCCUGAACUCAGUUACCAAUCCCGCACGCGCGGACUGGUCUCGACAGCCGGUGGUCCGUAUCUGCCAACCCUGGUAAUAUCGCUGCGCAUGCUGCGGCACACGGGCUCAACUCUGCCGAUGGAGGUAUUCCUCGCCGACUGGGAGGAGUAUGAUGGGUACAUCUGCCAGGUGAUCCUCCCCUCGCUGAAUGCGCAGUGCGUGGUUCUGUCUGAGAUUCUGGAGGCGGUGCCCGACAGCACGAACAAGAUUGAGAAGUAUCAGUAUAAAAUCUUCGCUAUGCUGUUCUCGUCCUUUGAGGAGAUUCUCUUCCUUGACGCAGAUGCCUUUGCCCUGCAAAAACCGGAAGAUCUGUUCCAAGCCGACCCGUUCAAGUCCAAGGGUUUGAUCACCUGGCCCGAUUUCUGGCGCCCGACCACGUCUCCCAUGUACUAUAAGAUCUCGUCGCCGAAAGACAGCCCAACACAGCCGGCCAACCCGACCGGCCUUCGUCAGUCGACAGAGUCGGGGGAAGUGCUUAUCUCCAAGCGCACUCACCUUCGAACGCUUCUUCUAGCCGCAUACUAUAACUUCUAUGGCCCCAGCCACUAUUACCCGCUUCUCUCGCAGGGCGCAGCCGGCGAAGGGGACAAGGAGACCUUUCUUGCCGCCGCCAGUGCCCUCGGUGAGUCCUUCUACCAAGUUAGCGAACCGAUCCGUGCAGUCGGGCGCCGGACACCCAACGGUUUCGCUGGCUCAACCAUGGUGCAGUACAGUCCGAUCGAGGACUACGCCCUGACCAAGAAGGGCGUCUGGAGAGUCAAGGGGGCGGGCGCGCCCACCCCCAAUCCAUUCUUUGUGCACGUCAACUACCCCAAGUUCAACCCCGCCACGAUCUUCGCGGAAAAUGGCGUGACGAGCCCGGUGAUCGAUGAGAAAGGGCAGUACACGCUGGCGUGGACAGCCUCCGAAGAAGUCGUGGCUUCGUUCGGGCACAAUCUUCAGCAGAGAUUCUGGGAAGAGAUCCGUUGGACGGCCUGCGUGCUGGAGGGAAAGAUUCUGAGUUGGAAGGGGAAGACAGGGAUCUGCCAGCAGACUCGGGACUAUUGGAACAGCAUUUUCGGGAAUUCUGCUGGUAAGAUGAUGAAUCAGUCAUGAAUGAAAGAUAAAAAAUACAAGCUGGAAUGAAUGUUCAGUGGGUAC